AUGGCUGAAGUAUCCGCAGCUCGCUACGGCAAGGACAAUGUCCGCGUCUACAAGGUGCACAAGGACGAGAAGACUGGCGUGCAGACCGUGGUCGAGAUGACCGUCUGCGUGUUGUUGGAGGGUGAGAUCGAGACGUCCUACACCAAAGCCGAUAACAGCGUCAUCGUAACCACCGACUCCAUCAAGAACAGCAUCUACAUCCUCGCCAAGCAAAACCCCGUCACUCCUCCGGAGCUGUUCGGCUCCAUCCUGGGCACCCACUUCGUCACCAAGUACAAGCACAUCCACGUGGCGCACGCCCACAUCGUCACGCACCGCUGGACGCGAUUGACCCUGGACGGCAAGCCGCACCCGCACUCGUUCGUGCGCGACAGCGAGGAGAAGCGCACCGUGCAGGUCGACGUGACCGAGGGCCGCGGCAUCGCCAUCACGUCGGGCUUGUCCAAGCUGACCGUGCUGAAGAGCACCGCGUCGCAGUUCUGGGGCUUCCUGCGCGACGAGUACACCACCCUCAAGGAGACCUGGGACCGCAUCCUCAGCACCGACGUCGAUGCCAGCUGGGCCUGGAAGAACUUCGCCUCGCUGGACGAGGUCCGCGCCGUGGUCCCCAAGUUCGACGCCACCUGGGAGCGCGCCCGCGAGGUCACUCUGAAGAUCUUCGCCGAGGAUAACAGUGCCAGUGUGCAGAACACUAUGUAUAAGAUGGCCGAGCAGAUCCUGGCCUAUCAGCCGCUGGUGGAGACGGUGGAUUAUUCCUUGCCCAAUAAGCAUUACUUUGAGAUCAAUCUGGAAUGGCACAAGGGACUGCAAAACACCGGCAAGAACGCCGAGGUGUUUGCCCCCCAGACCGACCCCAACGGUCUGAUCAAGUGCACCGUGGGACGAUCAUCGGUGAAACCUAAGCUGUAG